AUGAAUCUCAAGGGUCUAAUUUGUAACCUUCUUGCUGCGUCGGCCGUAGCACAGGACAUUGCUACCACUGAAACUACCACUGACUUCAGCUCAUUGACGAGGUCCGCAUCAUCUACUGAGGCCAGCGUAAGCAGUAUUAUAGAACAUCCAGAUUCUACUUCACCUGAAUUCACGGUUGAAUCUACAUCUGAGCCUGCGUGGAGCUCUACCACUAGCACAACUGCCACAUAUGCGUCGAGCGCUACUUCGGGCUCGACUUUGAACCCUGAGCCAGCACCUAGCUCUAGCACAUCUACUACUUCGACCUCGAUCACCACUGCUUAUACAACUACCAACCUUCUGACCGGAACAGUUAAGCCCAGCACGAGCAUUAGGGUUCCCUCAACCAGUUUCGUCCUGACCUCGAGCACGACCAGCACACUCUCGACUGUAACCACAUCUGUGUUUAGUUCCCAGACCAGCACUAAGAAGAAAACUAAAACUACAAAGAAAAAGACCAGCACUAAGAAAAAGCCUAAGCACACACCGACCCCAGAACCUAGCUGCAAAAAGCCCAAGAAGCCAGCAUGCUGCCGAAGACUGGUGGUUGACGAGAUUGUCAUCAUCUAUUGUGAUGAAAUAUACGAUGAUGGUAUAAACUACAUCGAAACUCACUACGAGUACUGCGAAGUCCGUCACUCGGAAGUUGGUUGCUGUGACAAGAAAGGAAAAUGCAAACCGAAAAAGUAA